AUGGAUCUCAAUCUGAAUUAUGUUCAAGAAGUUAAUCAAUUUGAAAAUCAAGGACAAGGAAGAAAAAAAUGCCACGGUAAUCGAAAAGAUCAACGUUUUCGAAAAAAAUGUCGUGCAAGAGGCAUGAAGCUUGACCAAAUAGAAAAAUUACUUCAAAGACACAAGAGAAUUCAGAAUGAAAUUAUGCAUCAUGACAAUAAGACGAUGCGAAACACUACUGAUGAACAUGUAGCACCAACAACAAAACUAAAAAAUACUUUCAAUCGUACAAAUGACCCAUCAGUGCAAAAAAAUUCGACAACAAAUCCUAAUAAACGUAAACGAGAUAUAUCAUUACAAUACUUAAGUUCGAAUCCAACAAUACCAAAAUCUUCUAGUUCAAUAUCAAUUGUACAACCUUCAUUGAAAAAAAUGAAGAACAAAAAGAAAAUCACAAUCAGUAGUCGAUCGUUGAAAUAUUCAAACAAUGGUAUCAGGACUAAUUAUCGAUCACCAAAAUAUUUGAAACGAUCACCAUACGUAAUUAUGAAAAUGUUAAGUAAAACAUUAAAUUAUACUUUUAAAGAAAACAAUGAAAAACAAUUUAUUUGUAUCCGGCUCAAUCUGUUGGAUCAAUACUAUUUUUUACGAUCAGAACAAGAAUUAUGGAAUUCCUAUAUAGAUGUUGGUAUACAGCAGCAUCUUUGGCCAGAUCGUCUCUUUACGAUGGCGAAAUCAAAUGAUUUUGAAGUUUGUCAUCAAUAUCUUAUGAAAUAUUUAAGAGAUCUGAAGAAGGAGAUGGAUCAAUGUCAAAUAGAACUAGUAAAACAAUCUCAAUCAUGUCCUUUCGUAAAAUUAUCAUUGGAUCAAAUUGAUCAAAGUCUGAACGAAUUCGUGGACUGUCAACGAAAAUAUUUAUCUAAGAGAAAUAAUCGUCAAUUAAGCAAAUUCAAAGAUAAUUUUCAUGAAAAAAAAUUAUUUGAAAACGUAACUAAAUAUCAUUUAAGAUUUCAUCAUAAUGAAUAUAUGAAUGAAUUAUUGAUAAUAAGACAAAAACAAGGUGAAAUUUACGAGGAACUUCUUAAAUUUGAAAUGCGAAUAUUAUGCAAAUUUUUACCGGAAGAAUUUGAUCAUCUACAAUAUUUCAUUGCACCGAUGACUUAUACACCAUUGAACGAUGUACAAAAAGCAAUUCAACUUAAAAAUAAUCAUCAUAAAAUUAUACAAGAAGCUAAACGUCGAUGUCUUACUAUUGCUUUAAAAGCCUAUAAUAUUAAACUACAAGAUUAUGAAAAUCAAUAUGAAAAUAAAUUUCUAGAAUUGGAAUCGCAACUUCUUAUUAGUACCAUGGUUGAUGGUCCAUCUAUUUUCAAUCAAAUUAAAGAAUAUAUGGCUUAUAGAACAAAUAAAUUAAUUCAAGAUAUUUAUAAAAAGGUGUCAUCUUCCCGACGAACAUUACUUAAAAUUCGUCAAAGUUCAUCGUCAUCGAGAAAAGACAUCAUUGGUGUCUCACCUGAACCCUAUCUUGAUCUGAUGUCGAAUCCAUUCAAUACACGUCAAUGGAAUCAUCUUUCAUUAGGUCCAUCUUUUAUACGAUUAAAUCAAAGUGCUAUUCGUCCUCGAGAUCAACAAGAAAUUCUAAUUGAAAAAGAACAUAAACAAAUUAAUGAUAAAGUUGAAGAUCAUCUUAUAUCACCACCACAUCAUGUACCUUUACAAUCAUUGGUUCUCAAAACAUAUUCGAAGGAUCUUCUGAAUUACUUUAAUCGUUCUUAUUUUGCUCCAAUAUCAUAUCAAGAUCACGUACGAGCAAUAGAACAAGCUACAACAGCCAAAUCAAUUCGACGCAAACUCAAUAAGUCUGCACUAAUACUUCGUAUUACUGAUAAGGGUCAUAACUUUUAUGUUGGCUCUAUGAUUGAAUUCGAGAAAAAAGUACGAACAUUUUUCCAAGAUACAAACGCAUUUGUCGAAUUAACACAAAAUCCAUUCAAUGAAAUUUUAACUCAAGUUAUUCAAUUACUCAAUCGACUCCGUGAGAAAAACUUUAUUUUAGCAUGGCAAUAUAAGAAAAUGAUGCCUGACCGAACAAAAUGUGAAUUAGCCCAUUUAUAUUUUAAUCCUAAAACACAUAAAGAAGAUAUAUCAGUUCGACCUAUCGAAAAUACAAUCAUGGCUGCAACAACAAACAUAUCCAAUUUCUUAGAUGAAAUCAUACGACCCAUAUUCAAUAGUAAAUGUAGUACAACAACCAUUAUAGAUGGUGUUUCUUUAAUUAAAGAACUUAUCACAUAUGCCAAAAGAAAUCUGUUGAAGCCAACAACUCUUUUUUGUACCAUUGAUAUUCGUAAUUUAUAUACGAUGUUACCCCAAGAAGAAUCAUUGAACAUACUGGUCGAAUUUCUUCAUGUACAUGGUUAUAAGAAAGUCAAAGGUAUACCUCUUGAUACCAUAAGAAAAUUAGCUUCUAUAGUACUCAAAGAAAAUGUAUUUGUCUAUGAUAAAAAAAUUUAUAAACAAGUUCUUGGUGGUGCUAUGGGUUCAUCAUUUACAUUAACAUUAGCCAAUAUAUUUAUGUGGAAAUGGCAAAAAGAAUUCGUCCGUCGGCAAGAUAUGACAGGUGAAUUUUAUGGCCGAUAUAUCGAUGAUAUUUUCAUGACAUGGAAUAAAUCAGAAAAAGUAUUGAAAACUUUAUUAGAUGAAGCAAAUACAUGGCAUCCAAACAUUAAGAUAGAAUACAAAAUCAGUACAAGUCUACCAUUUUUGGAUGUACUACUUACGAAUAAUGCUGGUGUUCUAUCAACAUCUUUAUAUCAUAAACCAGCAGCUGAACCUUAUAUUCUUCCUUAUAUUUCUGAUCAUCCACGGCAUACAUUCGCCAAUGUUAUACAUACAAGUCUUGUGCGUGCUAUAAGAUAUUCAUCUACCUUUGAAAUAUUUAAUCAUGAACAAUGUCAUAUUAAAUUAACUUUAUUAUUGAAUGGGUAA